AUGAAGAACGUUUCGAGAAACAAGUUCUUGCUAUGUUUUAAGCCAGUUGUUGAUAUGGAUCAGCUAUUGCUUGAUCACUCCAAAGUUGGUCUUGUUGAUCGCUCAAAAAACCAGACUUUGAAGCAUCUUGGCAGGGAAAAGAAAGAGGAUAUGAAGCGUUUGGUGUCAAAUUCUUCUUUGCUUUCGCAUGAUAAGAAUAGGUGUUCAACCAUAUUUUCUUCACCGGAAAGUUCAUUGAUUCUUCAAUCUCCAAAGAAAAACUUAUCUCGUGUCAUCAAGGCCGUUUUCUUCGAGACCAUAAUGUCCAAGAGAGUUCGUGAUGGAAAAGGUACUCUAUGUCCAGACUCAAACAUAGGAUCAAAGCGUACUUCUUCUUCUUCUUCUUCUUCAUCAUCAUCAGGGAGUAGCAAAAAAUCUAUGGAUGAUACAAGUGAUCAUGAUAAUACCAACUUGAUCAAUACUCAUCAAGCUAACGAAGCAAAUUUGGUAAAACCUUGUUCAAGUUCAAUAUCAGAACCAAGAAAAUUGUGCAAGAUAAAGAACUCAACAAACCCAAAUCAAGAACCUGAAUUCCAGGCAAACAACAUGGAAAAGCGGCACAAUACUAGUCGGCCUGGAAAUGUUACAAGAAGCUUGUGGUUGCCAGAGAAAAAGAGAGUAAAGAUCAGUACUACUACAAAAAGAAAGUCAUAA